AGGCAUCAGAAGUAGUUUCACAGUAGAAACGAAAACAUUCCUUACUUUCUCAGAGGAACAUAGUUAAUAUCAACUAUGAAGCUGUUAAUUUUUGUGUUGGCCUUAUUGUGCGCUAUCGCUUAUGCGAGUGCCCAGGAAACUUCAUCAAAGGAACUCGUCCAAUAUCAACUGUCUGAUCCGAUUAUACCACAUAAUUCACGUCUACGUCGUGAUGCCGAAAAGGGUUCGACAAGUUUCCAGGGCACACAGCCUCUCAGCGACCCGAUGCGCAAAGGAGGAGCUUCACUAAGCUUCCAGAGCCCGAUGCGCCAACCAAGCUGGGAUAUUAACGCUAAUCGUAAUAUUUAUAACAAUGGUCGCACAACCGCGGAUAUCUAUGGAGGAAUUAGCAAAGUACCUGGACAACGAAUGCAACCGCACUUCGGCAUCCAGGCUGAAAGAAACAUUGGCAAGAAUGGUUUCAUCAGAGGUCACACUCAAUUUCAACCACGCCCGGGAGGCAAUGGAUUCUCCCCCUCGGGUGGUAUAAGUGCUGGCUACCGCUUCAGGCGAGAGGCAGAACCACAAGGAACGUCACUAAGCUUCCAGGGGACGCAGCCUCUGAGCGGCCCGAUGCGCCAACCAAGCUGGGAUCUUAAUGCCAAUCGUAAUAUUUAUAACAAUGGUCGCACAACAGCGGAUGUCUACGGAGGAAUGAGUAAAGUACCUGGACAACGAGUGCAGCCGCACUUCGGCAUCCAGGCUGAAAGAAGCAUUGGCAAGAAUGGUUUCAUCAGAGGUCACACUCAAUUUCAACCACGCCCGGGAGGCAACGGACUUUCCCCCUCGGGUGGUAUAAGUGCUGGCUACCGCUUCAGGCGAGAGGCAGAACCACAAGGAACGUCACUAAGCUUCCAGGGGACACAGCCUCUGAGCGGCCCGAUGCGCCAACCAAGCUGGGAUCUUAACGCUAAUCGUAAUAUUUAUAACAAUGGUCGCACAACAGCGGAUGUCUACGGAGGAAUGAGUAAAGUACCUGGACAACGAGUGCAGCCGCACUUCGGCAUCCAGGCUGAAAGAAGCAUUGGCAAGAAUGGUUUCAUCAGAGGUCACACUCAAUUUCAACCACGCCCGGGAGGCAACGGACUUUCCCCCUCGGGUGGUAUAAGUGCUGGCUACCGCUUCAGGCGAGAGGCAGAACCACAAGGAACGUCACUAAGCUUCCAGGGGACACAGCCUCUGAGCGGCCCAAUGCGCCAACCAAGCUGGGAUCUUAACGCUAAUCGUAAUAUUUAUAACAAUGGUCGCACAACAGCGGAUAUCUAUGGAGGAAUGAGUAAAGUACCUGGACAACGAGUACAGCCACACUUUGGCAUCCAGGCUGAAAGAAGCAUUGGCAAGAAUGGUUUCAUCAGAGGUCACACUCAAUUUCAACCACGCCCGGGAGGCAAUGGACUUUCCCCCUCGGGUGGUAUAAGUGCUGGCUACCGCUUUAAGCGAGAGGCAGAACCGCAAGGAACUUCACUAAGCUUCCAGGGGACGCAGCCUCUGAGCGGUCCGAUGCGCCAACCAAGCUGGGAUCUCAAUGCUAAUCGUAAUAUUUAUAACAAUGGUCGCACAACAGCGGAUGUCUACGGAGGAAUGAGCAAAGUACCUGGACAACGAGUGCAGCCGCACUUUGGCGUCCAGGCUGAAAGGAACUUCGGCAAUAACGGUUUCAUCAGAGGUCACACUCAAUUUCAACCACGUCCAGGAGGCAAUGGACUUUCCCCCUCGGUUGGUGUAAGUGGUGGCUUUCGAUUUAGAAGAGAAACUGAAGAUGUCGAUGAAGCAAUAUCUGCCGAAGAGUAUUAAAUCUUAGAUUAAUACUUAAAUCGAUAUUUUAUAUACAUAUAUAUACAUAAAUUUAUAGGAAAUUAUAUUUUGAGGCUGUUUCACAAAAUAUUAUGUAACAUACGCGUGUAUUUAAUAUCAUAUAUUUAUAUAAAUAAAACUUUUUACA